UGGUGAGCGUGAUUCCGAUUCUCGAAAACCUUUUCGCCCAGUACCCCCUUCGGAAUCUGGUUGCAGAUCCUUCUUUGUCUCCUUAGAAAGCGGGGUAUUCCUCGUGGAUGAUGAGGGUGUGGUGCCCUCAUCCUCUUCGGUAUCUGGUGGCAUUUCCUGCUUUGCCUCCUCCUCCUGCGCAUCCAAGUAGAUACUUUGAGCAGUGGGCUUUUUCUCGGGACUUCGCGGGCUGUUCAUGCCGGUGCCCUCUUCCCAGGAGUCUGACAUUCCGGCCAGGGAAACCGAAACCCCAAUUUCGUAAUCCAAAUUCGGAGCUAUGUAGAAAUACACCCCCUAAAAAAUCCCCAGUCACUAUGAACUGCAAACUACGUCGUCUGGAACUCCUGCGCAAUGGCCGAAAUUCGGACUGCGAGCUGCAUGUCUGGUAUCCGGAUAUGGUGGAUGGUAAGCUGGGUCAGCGGAUCUUCCGGUGCCACCAGGUAAUGCUCGUCUCCGCCUCCGGGGAAUUCGAGCGGCUGAUCAGGGAUCCCGAGUUUGGGAGAAACAAGAACGUGAUCAGCGUGGAGGACGCCUCGCCCACCGCCUACGAAGCCCUGCUCCUCUAUAUAUACACUUACGAAGUCUGCAACGCGGUCACCAUCGACAUGUGUGGUGACCUCAUGCACCUCGCACAGCGCUACAACAUGCUUGACUUCAUCGACUGCUAUGUAGAGAAGCUGGCCAACCAGGAGUGGCCCAUGGAGGUGGUGCUGCAGGUCUUCCACCUGGCCAGUGAACACAAUCAUCCGGCUUUAAUGGAUCUUGUGGCGAAGAAAAUCCUGCCCAUUGCCACCCAAGUUCUCAAAGACCAAUCCUUUUUAAAGUUAAGUCUAGAGGAGCUCAGGGCUCUGAUGGUCAUCCUAAAAAGGGAAGGAGUGCUCUCCGACCAUCAACUGCUGGACUCGCUGAGGAACUACCAGGAGGUGAACGACAUACGCUACAACGACAUGGAGCAGUUCCAGCAGUUUGUGAAGGUGACUCAGAUAUUCGCCAACGUGCUUUUCGAGCUCCUUUUCGAGGUGGAUGGCACCUUGGUCCUGCCCGAAGACGAGGCUUUCUUGACCAGAGAACACGGCUCGGACGCCUCGGUUUACCCAAGGAGCAGUCCGUAGCCAGAUUAGAUUACAUAUCUAGAGGGAUCAUUUAUUGGAGAGUGGGGAAAAAAGGGGGCGCUGGGGCAAAACAAACAAAGUCGCAUUCGGAUCGGAUCGGCUUAUACAAUAAAUACUAUAACAUAA